AAAAAACAUACAAGUUGACAUUGAGUGACAAAAAUUGUUUGUUUGUUGUUGAACUACCUAUGUAAUGUAAAUAAUUUUUAAGAAUUUGAUUCAGCAUUGAAUAUGACUUGAAAACUCAAAAAAUAAUGUACGAAAAACAUAUAAGCAUAUUUCUUUUUGUUAUUCUCAUUGUGAUUCCAACUGGUUUCUCAGAGAGUAAUCCUUAUGCUGACGAACCAUAUCGCCCUUUAGGGCCGCUGGUGAAAUGCAACUUUCUACCGCUGGAAUUCUUAAACUGUAAGGAGCCUUUAGAUCAUAAAGGCAAUCAUUCAGCGCGAGAGGCUACUGGACAUGGCUGUGUUAAGUUUGGGGGCGUCAGAUACGAAGAUGUGGAAAGAACCAAAGUGCAGUGUGAAGUCCUUAGUAACAUUGAGUGUCAUGGCCCUAGGGUUUUCUUGAAAGACGGUUUUCCGUGUGUGCGAUACUCAGGACAUUAUUUUACGACAACUUUAAUCUACAGCAUUCUAUUAGGAUUUUUAGGCAUGGACCGUUUCUGCUUGGGGCAAACUGGUACCGCUGUUGGGAAAUUACUUACUUUGGGGGGGUUGGGUAUUUGGUGGAUUGUUGACGUUGUCUUGUUAAUAACAAAUAGUUUGCAUCCAGAAGACGGGAGUAAUUGGAAUCCAUAUGUUUAGGAUUAUGAUAAAUGUGAUUUAUUAAAUUGUUUGA